AUGGAGCAGAUGGCUUUGUACCACAACCUGCAGUACAACUCAUCCGAAGAGAAGAACCCUCGUUUGGUUUUCUACAAUGAGGAUGAGGAGGUGGUGAAGACCGUGCGAGUGAAGAAGAUGAAGUCGGCUGACAUCAGCAGUCUGCUGGACUCUCUGGGCUUUUAUAAGAAGUCUCAGAAAGGGGAGGAGGUGCCCGAGGACUUCCAGCACCUCCCUCUGCGCGCUCCGAGAGAUGAGCUGUGA